GAGUGCCUGUGUUUCUCUAUCCAAGCUGCUCGGCCGAGCUCGACGUUGCGGACGACCCCCACGCUCUUUUACCUAGAGCUUUCUGGUUCAUAGAUAUCCAGCUAUUUGACAUCACGAUAUAACACGUCUUUCUUGGAUUUACCUUUUCACAUUUCUAUCUUAUUACCAUGAGGUCUAUAGCCCGGCCGCAAAUCCUCACUCAGCGGCGUCGUCUUCUGCUAUCUGUUCCGCCUCGGAAGCGCUUCAUAAGCACUUCGACCCCCAGAUUAUCAGCAAAGACACAGGGAAAGGCCUUCAAUUCAUCUCUUGCAGUAGAUGCGAGUAACCUCGCAGAAUCAUCCAUUCUGAAUAGGUCGGAAGCGACGAAUGUACUUACGGCUGCACAGAAGGGUGCUCUAUCUCCAAUGCAACAGUAUGAAAAGCUCGUCCAGACUGAAACACUCCGGGUCGAUGAUCAUCAGACGCGGAUAAUAGGGAAACUACAGCGGCUUCACGAUCAAAUCAUGACUUAUGCCCCACCUUUGAUACCAGAUACCGCUUCUCAAGGAUCUAUAAUAUCACGUCUAUUCUCCCGCGGAUCCACUCCCACCCCAAUACCCCCAGAACAGGUCCCAAAAGGCCUCUAUCUUUAUGGAGAUGUCGGAACAGGGAAGACAAUGUUGAUGGACCUAUUCUAUCAAACACUUCCGGUAUCUUUAAAGAGGAAGCGUCGUGUGCACUUUCAUGCGUUCAUGAUUGAUGUCCACAAACGUGUACAUGCUGCGAAGGCCGCCAUGGGUUAUAGAGGAGGUGACCCAAUAUUGCCUGUUGCUCGAGAUUUAGCCAAUGAAGCAUAUGUACUCUGCUUUGAUGAGUUCCAGGUCACGGAUAUUGCUGAUGCGAUGAUUCUACGGCGGCUGUUGGAGAGCUUAAUGGACCAUGGAGUCGUCUGUGUCAUAACGUCGAAUCGACACCCUAAUGAUCUCUACAAGAACGGAAUCCAGCGCUCCAGUUUCAUACCAGCAAUAGAGCUGCUCAAUAGUCGGUUUGAGGUCACAGACCUUGAUUCUGGAACAGACUAUAGGCGGAUACCCCGCGCUCUCUCUCAUGUUUACUACCACCCUCUCACUCAGGAGAACCGCUUUGAAGUCGACAAGAUCUUCUCUUCCAUCACAUCAAAUGAUCCAUCUGACCCAGUGAUCACUAAUCGACAGUUGUCGACCUGGGGUAGGACUUUGCUCGUUCCAGAAAGUACGAGCAAGAUCGCAAAGUUUGAUUUUGAAGAUCUUUGUGGGAGAGCGUUGAGUGCAGCUGACUACUUAGAGGUUACGAAGCAAUUUGGAACAGUAUUUGUUCUAGACGUGCCCAAGAUGGGGAUGGACAGGAAGGACAUGGCACGAAGAUUCAUCACAUUCAUAGACGCAUGUUAUGAGAGCAAGACCAAGCUCUUCGUUACAUCGGAAGUACCAGUAUACCAGGUCUUUUCGGAUGACUCUUCCAAUAACUCCAAGCCGAUAUCAGACCAUAUGCGCAGUGUCAUGGAUGACCUCGGCCUUUCGGGUGACGACGUUGGUACUAGCUCUAUGUUUACUGGCGAAGAGGAAGUAUUUGCAUUUGCGAGGGCGUGUUCGAGACUUGUCCAGAUGGGUAGCAAGGAAUGGGCAGAGACUGCUGGGCAAUCAUAGUCUUAAGCGUCAAUAUCAUAUAUUGUAUCGUUAGUUCAGCGUAACCCACCCUUACCAUUCUACUAGAUUGGAAGUAGAGGAGCCUGAAGUAUAUCUAUAUGAUAUCGCUGUUGCUUAGUUCUAGAGGCUUAUCACGGUAAUCUAAUUUGCCAUAUCU